CUAUGACGUCGCAUGACGUAGCUGCGCCAACACGACGGCAUGAGAUCAAACUAGGUAUCACCUCUCAAUACUAAGACCCUGAGUAUCAUGAACAUCCACCACCAUUCCUUCUGUCAAGUUCAGCAACCAGAACUGGCAUUCGGAGCACAAUUUCACCCCGGACUUUUACUUUCCUGCAUAACUACCAACGUUCCAGCUCAACACAUAGUCACACACAUAUCUAAUCCAAUAUGACGACCCCUUCCGAUCCACCGCCCUCGUACGAACAAGCCAUCAAAGACCACCCGCACUCCCUGCCGCAGGAACCGCGCAAUGGCAUCCCGCUCCACGCGCGACGCAGCAUGGAAGACGAACUGCGGCCCCUACCGGCGGGGUGGGUGCGCGACUUCGACCCGGAAACACAGCACCAGUUCUUCGUCGACACCACGGCCACCCCGCCACGCUCCAUCUGGCAGCACCCGUACGACGACGACGUCUACCUCAACUCCCUGCCCGCUCCCGAGCGCGAGCGCAUCCUCGCCACAGGCCACUCCGCCACCGAGAUGCACCGCCGCCCGAGCACGGCCGACAUCGUGGCCGAGGACAGCGAUACAGACGACGACGACGACCCAUUUUCAUCAGCAUCAGCAGCAGCACUUCCCCCUCGCCCAAAAAAGAAAGAAGACAAUGAUAGGAGAUCCCUCGGCCGCCGCCUGAAGGACCAUCUCACGGGGACGACGCACGAAGAACGCGCGCGCGAGCGCGAGCGCCGCGCCCGCGCCGAGGAGGAGCUGUACCGCCAGCACCAGGCGCUGCGGCGCGCCAUGCGCGAGGCCAUGCGCACGGGCCAGCCGCAGCCGCUGGGGAGGGACGAGAGCCGUGGCGGGGAGGAGGUCUUUAUCGAGCCGCCUGGCGUCAGGUUCCCCGGGGUCGUGGAGGUUAGGAGGGUUAGUCCGUUUGUUAGUGAGGUUGUGUACGACGAGCGGAGGCCGGCGGGGAGGUAUCUCAGGACUGAGGGGUUGUAUGGUGGUGGUGGUGGUGGUGGCUUGGGGUUUGGUGGUGGAGAAAUGUAUGGAGGGGGAGGGUAUCCGUACGGCGGAGGGGGCUGGCAAAGGCCUGGGGUGGCGUACUGUCGGGUUCCGGGGAGAGGGUACGGUGGUGGGCUCGGGGUUCCGAUGAUGGCGCCGCUGUUCGGGGGGAUGGUGCUGGGCGGGUUGGCGGGGUCUAUGAUGUGAGGGUACGAAGGCGAAAGAAGAGAGCGUUUUUCUUCUUCAGUGGGGUAGACUUAUGAUACAGGUGUCAACUCAAGCCGUCCCUGACGUAACACCCAACCCGACCAUUUCACUUAGUGUAUAUUGCCGAAUCGGAAUCCACUACUGACUCAUUUCGCUCUCUGCUCAUCGAGUUCCAGGCAUCUAUGGGGUUGCCAGACCCAUCUCGUGUCUUUUCGCCAUGAUCGUUCUCGACAGACUGGUACGCACCAAGAUGCUUCGGGACCGGGACGUUGGGUAUGCCGUUGGCUUGGCCUGUCUGACUGGACUGGCCGGCGCCUUUCCCCUGGAUGGUGACAUGGCCAAUGGCGCAGCGCAGCGUGGUGAAAAUGCCAUGUUGUUCAUCUACCUCAUUACCUGUUCCUCAACAUAGG